AUGGGUUGCGUUUCUUCCAAUCUCUUCAACCACGACGGUGAAGACUUCUCCCAGCUCGGCAGCUCCGCCUUGAGCCACCACAUCGUCUCCCUCACCUCCUCCACCUACGGCCUCCUCACCCUCGACCCUCCACCCAACUCUACCCCAUCUACUCCGCUGACCCCACCUUCCCGAUUCACAUUCGGCUCCAUUUUCCCGACCUCGCUCUCCGAGCAGAAGUCGCUCUGGUCCGACCCAAAGCCGCUCCGGUCCGACCCGGAAGUCAUCAACUCAUGGGAGCUCAUGGCUGGCCUCGAUGCCGACAGCUUCAGAUUCUCGCCGCUUCCUCCGCCGAAGCCGUUUUCUAUCCGAACCCCGAAAACCGCGGAUAAAGAGAACUCCAACCCGAACCGGGUGGGUCGGGUCAAAUCCCCGCUGGACCGGUUCGAGUGGAUAUGCCCGCCGGGAGGAGAGAACAAGCUUGUCCUCUACACGACGUCGUUGCGAGGAGUGCGGAAGACUUUCGAGGCGUGCAAUGCGGUGCGUGCGGCGGUGGAGAAUCUCGGGGUGAUGGUCUGCGAGCGUGACGUGUCGAUGGAUCGCGGGUUCAGAGAAGAGCUCAAUGAAUUGAUGGAGGGGAAAGGGAGAGAGGCGGCGGUGCCGCCGAGGCUGUUUGUGAAGGGAAGAUAUGUUGGUGGAUCCGAGGAGGUUUUGAAGAUUGUGGAGGAGGGUUUGUUGGGGGAGAUUCUAGAAGGCCUGCCCAAGAAGCGGGCCGGGUCGGUUUGCGAGGGGUGCGGGGAAGCGAAGUUCUUGCCGUGUUUUCAGUGCAAUGGGAGCUCGAAGAUGGUGCUGGUGGUGAAGGAAGAGGCGGUGGGGGUGAGAGGAGGAGGAGGGACGGUGGUGGUGAGGUGUCCUGAGUGUAAUGAGAAUGGUUUGGUGCUUUGCCCAAUUUGUAGCUGAUUUGCUGAUGAAGCAGAGGGCUUUUGGGUUUUGUAAGAUGUUUCUGAAUUAUGAUCUAUUACAGUAAGAUAUUAGUUUCUUAUUUUGGGGACUCUGCUUGAGUUUCUGGAAAAUAUAUAUGUGUCUCUUGUUUUUGUCUGUUUAUAUAUGUAUGUUGUGGUUUGAG